AUGUCCGAUCUGCCAAGGCAAGGCAGCCAUCCAGCCUUGUCGGUGCCAUCCGACCGACCGCCUCCAGUUCGUGCUCAGGGGCAGCUGCUGCUGCUCUCGAGUCAAAAGUGUCGCAGCCGCAGCAUAGCACCGCACACCCCAGUGCCCGUGCCCUGUCGUCCCUUAGCACCCGGAUUCCCGAUUCCAUACCCCGCCGCUGGAUACCCGCAGCUCAUCAUGGAACUCAACGUCGACAGCGCCAAGCAGCUCCUCGCCCAGUCCGAACAGGAGCUGCAACAGGCGCACGCACAGCAGCUCCAGGCGCUCCAAGACGAGCCCAUCACCGCGGCUACCAGCGCACCGAACGGCGCCGCAUCCCAUGUCGCGCCUGCUCCCGUAGCCCCUGCCCCAGUGGCCCCGGCUGUCGCUCCUGUCGCUCCUGUCGCCGCACCUGCCAGCACCCUCGUCUCGUCGUCGCAGUCAUCCAACGCAGCAGGACGCAUGCAGCUCAUCGACGAGAACCAAAAGUUCAACAGCGCCCGCUUUGGACCCAGCCUCGACCAAUGGGGACUGGCCGAUGCCGGCUUUGGCUACGACCUCUGCGCCGUGCUCGGCUCGCAGUCGACGGGCAAGUCGACGCUGCUCAACAAGCUCUUCGGCACCAACUUUGACGUCAUGAGCGAGACUGCACGCCAGCAGACCACCAAGGGCAUUUGGAUGUGCAAGGGCCUCAAGAUGAACGUCCUCGUCAUGGACGUCGAGGGCACCGACGGCCGGGAACGCGGCGAGGAUCAGGACUUUGAGCGCAAGUCGGCGCUCUUCUCCAUGGCUUCGGCAGAGGUGCUCAUCGUCAACCUCUGGGAACACCAGGUGGGCCUCUACCAGGGCGCCAACAUGGGCCUCCUCAAGACCGUGUUCGAGGUCAACCUCGGCCUCUUCCAGGCAAGCAAGGCAAAGACCGCUGGCGCAAAGGACAAGACGCUGCUGCUUUUCGUCAUCCGCGACCACAUCGGCGUCACACCGCUCGAGAACCUCUCGGCCACCAUCAUGGCCGAUCUCACCAAGAUCUGGCUCUCGCUCGCAAAGCCAGAAGGCCUCGAGGCGUCGCAGAUCACCGACUUCUUCGACUUCAUGUUUACCACGCUCCCGCACAAGGUGCUCCAGCCAGCCGAAUUCGACAAGGCCGUCGACGCGCUGCGCACCCGCUUUGUCGACCCCAAGGACCCCAACUUUGUCUUCAAGACCGAGUACCACAAGCGCAUCCCCGCCGACGGCCUGCCGCACUACCUCGAGUCCAUUUGGGAGCAGGUCAUGACCAACAAGGACCUCGACCUCCCCACCCAGCAGGAGCUCCUCGCCCAGUUCCGCUGCGACGAGAUCGCCAACGCUGCGUUUGCGCUCUUCGCCACCUCCAUCAAGGACUUCCGCAAGCACAUCGAAGGCGGCUCCAUCCUCGACACGCUCGGCGCCGAUAUGGCGCUGCAUCGCUCCACGGCGCUCGCGAGCUUCGACCGCGACGCGAGCCGAUACCACCAGGAGGUGUACAAGCGCAAGCGCGUCGACCUGCUCGAAAAGCUCAACAGCUCGCUCUCGCCGUUCUUCCUGGGCCAGCUCAAGAAUCUGCACCGCCACAUGCUGCAGAACUUCAAGCGCAGCGUGCUCGACCGCAUGCGCACCGAGCCCAACUACGAUUUCGGCCACGUGGUGAGCAGCGAGAAGCGCACCGCGCUCGCCAAGUUCAGCGCCGCGGCCAACGCGGUGCUGCUGGCCGAGACGGACUGGACCGUGGACGAGGAGGUGGCGCAGCUGGAUGCCGAGAUCCAGGCGAUCUCGGAUACGAUGCGCGUCGAGGAGACCAAGAAGAUGGUGGCGCAGAUCGAGCGCACGUUCAAGAAGAACAUUGGCGAGCCGGUCGAGAUGGCGCUCAACGCGCCCGGGCCCGAGAUGUGGGACCAGGUGCUGGUGGCGUUCCGCCGCACGCUCGAGCAGGCCGAGGCGACGUACGUGCGCAAGGCCAGGAGCUUCAACUGCACCGAGGAGGAGAAUACGGCGGCGCUGGCGGCGCUGAGGCGCAAGAGCUGGCUCAGUCUGCGUGCCAAGGUGGAUGAGCAGACGGCGGACAGUGUGCUGGCGGCGCGGCUGCGCGGGUGCUUCGAGGACCGCUUCAGGUACGACGACGCGGGCACGCCGCGCGUGUGGAAGCCCGAAGACGAUAUGGACGGUGCCUUCCGCAAGGCGCGCGACGAGACGCUGGCGCUCAUCCCUCUGUAUGCGCGCAUCGAGCCCAAGGACCCGGCGGUGGCAGUGCAGCUGGCGUCGACCGAGGACGAUGCUGAGCUGCAGGGAGCAGUAGACCGUGGCGAGGAGGAGGAGUUUGACUUUGCACAGACGCUCGUCGUAUUCAGCGAGGCACGCAAGGCCGAGAUCGGCACGCGCUUCCGCAAGGAGGCCGAUGCGCUUUACGUCGAGGCGAAGCGGUCGACCGUGUCGAGCAUCGCGCAGGUGCCGCUGUGGAUGUACGGCGUGCUGGCCGUGCUGGGCUGGAACGAGUUCAUGGCGGUGAUUUCGAGCCCGGUGUACUUUGCCUUUCUGCUCGUGCUCGUCGCGUCGGCGUAUGUCGUGUGGCGGCUCAACCUGUCGGGUCCGCUCGCGAGCGUCGUGGGCGCCGUGGGGCGCGAGGUGCAUCGGCUGGCGGAUGAACAGCUGCGCAGCCACUUUGGCCAACCCGUGCUUGCGCAGCCCGUGCCCGCGACGACGGCGGCGCAAAGCACAGUUGCAGAAGAGAUCGAGCUGCAGGAGAAGUAG